UAUAUAUAAGAAGCAAGAAUGUUUCGACAUUCAUUACCACUAUCUUCAGCAUCUUUACAGAUUCAUCAUGUUAAAUAGUGUGGGUAAGCUGAUGUGUCUAGGAUACAUAUUCUUAUUGUCAAACAGAGUCUAUGGAUGCUGGGACAAAUACACAGAUUGGAAUGACGCGGGAAAAGGUAAUACUGUUUACCUUGAUCGUCACAAAGUUAGUUGUGGAGGUCGUGGUAACGUUAUUAAUAUGUUUAAACUAGAGCGAGCUGGAGCUAAUCUGAUCCGUUACAAGUACAGAUGUUGUAGACAUUUCGGAAAUGCAUGCAAUACACGGAAUGUAAACAAUCCGUUUACAUCCGACGGAGGUAAAGGAGAGGUGAUUUUCUUGGAUAGGCAGAAGGUGUCAUGUUAUGAGGGUCUCGUAAACGGUUUCAAAUUAGGUAGAAAUCGAGGUCAUUCUAUGUACCGAUAUACAUAUAAUUGUUGCAACCUAGGUGGAAGAUUGAGUUGUCAAAAUAAAAGCACAGGGUCAACAUCUGCAGGUAAAUGGGAAAGCUUUUAUUUAGACAGACAAACGGUUGCCUGUAGUGGUGGACAGUAUUUACAGGCUUUCCAGUUGAAAAGAAAUAAUGGUCGUUUACGAUAUGAUAUCAGAUGCUGUCGAGUUACACGUUAGUUUAAUAUUUUAACAAUUUUGUUGAUAAAUUGUUCCA